AUGGCCUUUGACGACGACGAUAACCCCACCGUCACCUUCACGGUUGCCCCCAGUGCAGGAGGGGAUGGUAUAACGGCGGCGGCGGCGGCAGCGGCGGCGGCGGCAGACGAUCACCACGAGGAUGACGAGAUGCCCGACUUCAAGCUCUUCAGCUCCAUGCUACGGGGCAAGAAGGGCAUAUCGGGCAAGACGAUCCGUCGUGGCGAGAAGGACUUUGAGUCCCACGGCACCAGGGCCCAGGAUGGAGCCCUCGAGUCGAGCAGGCAGGCCAUGGAGGAUGUCCUGUCGUAUACGAGGGUUCACAAGCGGGAUGCCUGGGUACGAGCAUGGUACUUUCCCGAUCGGUGGGCCGUUCCCGCCAACGACGAUGACGAGAGCCGUGGCAACGACGGCAGCAACGGCGGCAACGGCGAUACGCGGCGGCAGCUGGGCGAUAGGGUCGUGGUGGUUGAGCAUGAGAGGGGGAGCUGGAUGAAGGACGUGGGCAGGGUGGUGCCGGCGGCCGUGGACCCGACCGGCGUCGCGAGGCUGUGGCUCCUCCCCGAGGAGGCCUUGUACCUCGUCGAGAGGGGGACCGUGGACCUGUGGUGGCCAGACCGGCCGUUUGAAGAGGUCCUCCCGGCCGGCGGCGGCGAGACGUCAGCGGCAGCGGCAGCGGCAGCGAGGGCCUGCAACCCGGACCCGGACGACUACUCGAACGGCAUCCCGCUCAGCCUCGAGGCCGCAUACUCGCUCCUCAUCGGCCGAGAGGGCGAGACGGGCAAGGUGUCCCUGCCAAAGUACCAGGUGUACACGCACCUCAAGCGCGGAGGCUUCCACAUCCUACGAGCGCCCGGCGCGCCCAACAGCGCCGAGGCGGCGGCGGCAUCUGCGACGACGCUAUGGCAGUGGCUCGUCUCCCUCUUCGUCCCGAGCCGGGGCGAGACAGAGAACCCCCCCCCCGAGACGGAGGUGGAGCACCCGUGGGGUCCCCUCGUCCAGCCGGGCCUGUACCGCGCCUACGCCCCCAUCUACCGGCGCCUGGCCAUCGUGCACCGGCACAGGCCGGCGGAGCACCCUGCGACGCCGAGCCCGGUGCCGGCGUCGGGGGGGGGCGACGACCCCUUCCACGUCUUCUACCACGUCUGGAAGUCGGGCGGCGGGACGCCCUUCUCGAAGAAGAGCCCGCCGCCGGCCGACUUCCGCAUCGCCGUGGCCGACACGUCCACCUCGGGCGUGCCGGACCUGCAGCAGCUCGACGCCAUGCUCCAGGCCGAGGCUCCGUACGACCCGCCCCAGCGCAACCCGGCCUGGCAGGGGCCCGGGCGCAUGUACCAGCGUCUCAAGCACGGGCACCGCAGCGUCCUCGUGGCGGUGGUGGACAGGGGCCUCGUCAACUUUAUGCGCUUCGGCGAGGGCGCAUUCGGCCAGGAGAGGCUGUUCGAGAGGUUCGACGGCGGCAUGAGGGGCGGUAGGAAGGGUGGCGGCGGCGGACGGGGUCGUGGCGGCGGCAGGGGACGAGGAAGGGGGAGGGGCAGGAGGUGA